CCCGGCGCCCGCGGCCCGGCGGAAGGACGCGAGCGGCCCCGAAUCCUGGGAGGUGGAUUUGGCACCCCCGGCCCCGCGGCCCCGGCACCCCGUUCCGCCCCUCCGAGCAUGGAGUCCGCGGCGCGCACGCAGGCGGCGCGGGACCGCGUCCCCAGGAUUGAUCCGUACGGGUUUGAAAGGCCUGAAGACUUUGACUAUGCAGCUUACGAAGAGUUCUUCUCCGCUUACCUGGUGGUGCUCACCAGAAGAGCCAUAAAAUGGUCCAAACUUCUAAAGGGAGGGGGCGGUGUCCAGAAGAGCAUGACAGUGAAGCGUUAUAUCCGGAAGGGCAUCCCGCUGGAGCACCGGGCCCGCGUCUGGAUGGGGGUGAGUGGUGCCCAGGCCCAGAUGGACCAGAACCCCGGCUACUACCAGCGUCUUCUCGAGGGAGAAAGGGACGACCGGCUGGAGGAGGCCAUCAGGACAGACAUGAACAGGACCUUCCCAGACAACGUGAAGUUCCGGAAGGGUGCUGACCCCUGCCUGCAGAGGACCCUGUACAACGUGCUGCUGGCUUACGGGCACCACAACCGCGACGUGGGGUACUGCCAGGGGAUGAAUUUUGUAGCGGGGUACCUGAUCCUGAUGACAGACAGCGAGGAGGAGUCCUUCUGGCUGCUGGACGCUCUUGUCGGAAGCAUUCUGCCAGAACACCAGCCAACAGUGUUCAGAUGCUGUCAUCCGAAAACGGGGUUUGCCUCUUCGGGGGGCUGUCAAGCCAAAAGACACAGCCGAGUCAAAGACGGGGGCAGGGAGGGAAGGAGGUACGAUUUGCAGAGUAAGGAGGGCGUGGGUCUUUCCCAAAGCAGUGUCUCCCCGGCAGCCAGACCGGGGCAGGUCCAGGAAGGGGCCGUGCAGAGAGCGCGGCAGAGCACGGGGCAGAGGUCUGCGGAGUCCAGGCUUCAGCUGAUUGGAGUCAUGAGAGUCAGAAGAGGUCACCAUCCUUGCUAGGGUCCAGUUGAUCUGGUGGUGAGUGCUCUGAGGGUUUGAAGUCCGCAACCGCUCAAGAAAGGGCUUCAGGCUGGUCUUCCCCUUUGACACAGACCUGGGUGUCCUCACAGCCGGUUCAUCAUGUCCGACGUGGUUAAGUCCUUGCCCUGGCCUGGCGAGGGCUGUCUGAUUUUACCUUCUUUUGUCUCCUUAAAAUCGUUAGCUACUGAGCCUGUUCUUCUGCGAGAAGUCAGAUCCCAGAAUGACUGAGGCACAAAGUGGCUUCUCUGACCUCAGAGCCGUGCCUGUUCUCUUCCUCGGGGUCCCCUGCCCAGACUCGCGGAGAAGCCGCUGGGGCCCGGGCCCUGGCUGCCCGUCCGACACCGGGAGUCCAGCGGGUGCGGCAGCGUCGCUGAAUUUUGUGUCAGUAGUAAGUCGGCCCGGGAGCGAGCUGAUACAUUCCCGUCCUAGAGGGCUGGUCUGACCUGCUUUCCCUUGAAACACCGGAAACGGGUCCUUAAUUGCUCCUCACAGAAGUCGCCGGCGCACGUCCGGUGGGCGGAGACUCAGGACGCCAUCUCGAGACCUGGGCUCCCCGUGUCCCCAUGUGCUGACACAGCUGCUGGGCUGUUGUCAGUGGCUGGCGUCCCCAGGAGAGGCCGACCCGGGCCUGGGGAGCCCGGGCCCGGUCGGGCUGCUG